AUGCGAAGACUUGAAGCCAGGUCAAAGUUGAGGGUUGGGGAUGCCAGGUACAGGCCUCGAGGCAGGGACGCCGGCGUGGCUGGGGCAGGCGAGCGCCAGGUCACAGGGCCUCCUGGCUGCGGAAGGGUCCAGCCUUUCCUGCCAAGGUGGCUGGCUGAGCCCAGCUGUGUCAGAAAGAACGUCAACGAAGAUCUGGUUCCUAUCGAGGACAUCCCUGAGGUCCACCCUGACCUGCAGAAGCAGCUGCGGGCACAUGGCAUCUCGUCCUACUUUCCAGUCCAAGCAGCUGUGAUUCCUGCCCUCCUGGAGAGCGCGGCCUGUGGGUUUCUGGUGGGCAGAGGCGGCUACCGGCCUAGCGACCUCUGUGUUUCUGCCCCGACAGGCAGUGGGAAGACACUGGCCUUCGUCAUCCCUGUGGUGCAGGCCCUGCUGUCCAGAGUGGUCUGCCACAUCCGUGCCCUGGUCGUGCUGCCCACCAAGGAGCUGGCCCAGCAGUGGGGGAACACCAGCUAUCUCCAGGCCGGUGACAGACUUCUCCUGCAGGUGAGCAAAGUUUUCAACAUCUACACGGAUGCCACACCUCUGAGAGUCUGCCUGAUUACGGGACAGAAGUCUCUGGCCAAGGAGCAGGAGAGCCUCGUCCAGAAAACCGCCGACGGGUACCGCUGCUUGGCUGACAUCGUGGUAGCCACCCCCGGCCGCCUGGUGGACCACAUCGACCAGACCCCAGGAUUCAACCUCCAGCAGCUCCGCUUCCUGGUCAUCGACGAGGCUGACCGGAUGAUUGACAGCAUGCAUCAGUCCUGGCUGCCACGAGUGGUGGCGGCUGCCUUCCAGAGCGAGGACCCCGCGGACCCCUGUGCCUUGCUCCAGCGAAGACAGGCCCAGGCUGUGACAGCUGCCAGUACCUGCCGUCCGCAGAUGCCCCUGCAGAAGCUGCUCUUCUCGGCUACUCUGACCCAGAACCCCGAAAAGCUGCAGCAGCUGGGCCUCCAUCAGCCCCGGCUUUUCUCCACAGGGCUGGCACACAGGGGCCUGGAAGAUACAGAUGGGGACGGGGACUCGGGGAAGUAUGCCUUCCCCGUUGGGCUCACGCACCACUACGUGCCCUGCAGCCUCAGCUCUAAGCCGCUGGUUGUCCUGCACCUGGUUCUGGAGAUGGGCUUCUCGAGGGUUCUCUGCUUCACUAACUCCCGAGAGAACUCCCACAGGCUCUUCUUGCUGGUGCAGGCUUUUGGGGGUGUGGACGUGGCUGAGUUCUCCUCGCGCUACGGCCCUGGCCAGAGGAGGAGGAUCCUGAAGCAGUUUGAACAGGGGAAGAUCCAGCUGCUCAUCAGCACGGAUGCCACCGCCCGAGGCAUCGACGUGCAGGGUGUGGAGCUGGUGGUGAACUAUGACGCCCCCCAGUACCUGAGAACCUAUGUGCACCGGGCUGGGAGGACGGCCCGUGCUGGGAAAACGGGACAGGCCUUCACGCUUCUCCUGAGAGUGCAGGAGAGGAGGUUCCUCCAGAUGCUGACUGAAGCUGGGGUGCCUGAGUUGCGGCGGCACGAGCUCUCCAGCAAGCUGCUGCAGGCCCUGGUUCCUCGGUACGAGGAGGCCCUGUCCCAGCUGGAGGAGUCCAUCAAGGAAGAGCACAAGCAGAGGGCGGCCUAGGCCGGGGCUCGGAGGGCCCGAGGGACUGCACCAGAGGACCAGAGGGACUGCGCGCUCACCACCCUGAGCCUCCUUCCAGAGCUGAUCACUGAUGCUCUGUGUGAGGAAAGGAGUCCCCCAGCGGACACAACCUUCCUCCCCGAGCACGUGGUCUCUGCGCCAGGCAGCCUGGGCGUCAAAGCUCAAGCACACGCCCAGACUGGAGACUUUAGGGCCUGUCACUUUCAUGGCCUGAAGGUCAGGAUGGCCGCUGGCAAUGAAGCCUCAGUAAAACUAUGAAAAGUA